AAGAGGUCAAUAAUGAUGAAGAUGCAAAUAAAGAUGCUGAAGCUGAAGAGGAACUGCAUUUAUCUAACUAUUCAUCCUCUUUUCUUAUAAAUAUUUCUUCUGAGCCUUGCUUACAGCAACCGGCAUCAAAUGGUUCAUCAUAUUUAUUAUCUAUUCUGGAGAAAUACUGUGCAGAAGAAUCUACCUCAUUUUAUGAGUACAGCAACCAGUAUCAAAAGAUUUGUCGCAAACCUCAAAAAUCAGAAGGCAGUUUAGUACUAAGGAAUGGGUUAAAUGAAUCUUCGAGAGAUCUUACUCCGGUGGAAUUUAAUGAUGGCUUAUGA